AUGACAGAGACACUAUUGACAACGAAUACACCACCAUCCACCACAAUCGUUCAUAUUAAUGUCAAGCAAGAAUGUCCAGUUCAGUAUGUAACUGUGUACAAUGAUCGUGCAGAAGUAACACGUCUUCUUCGACAUCAUUUUGAUAAUGAAGGCACUUAUGAUCUUGUUCUUCAAGGUUUAUCACCUAGUGCCGAUCUAACUUCAUUUCAUGUUAGCGGUGGAACAGGUAAAGCAUGUACGAUUCUUGAAGUCUCCUAUCAAACACGUUACGAAGAUUCAUCGAUAUCAUUGUCUGACACAACACCACUCGAUCAAUUGCAAACACAAUUAGAUGUUAUUCAAGCAGAUAUCUAUGAACAUGCUCAAGAACUUGAUCGACUUAAAAAACAACGAACAUGGCUCGAUGGAAGAGCAUCAAAACUGAUGAAUCAAGAAGGACCUUUGAGUACAAGUGACUUUGAAACAAUGGAACAAUUUCUUAACUUUUAUCACAAAAUGCUCAGUAAAAUAGAUAAAGAAACAACUCAAGAACAACGACAAUUGAAAGAAUUGAACAGUCGAUGUAAUGUAUUUACAGCCAAAAUAAAUGAACAUGGUUCACAAGCAACGACUAAUCGACGUAUAGAACAGCGUGAAGUAACAAUUACUGUGCAUGUAGCUAGCAGUAAAACUGAUGUUGCCUUGGAAGUAUCCUAUUUAAUCAGCAAUUGUUCAUGGAGUGCCAGCUAUGAUAUACGAGUUAAUAGUGGAGAAGGAAUGCAACCAAAAACUCAACUUACUUAUUACGGUAUCAUUGUCAAUAAAAGUCAAGAGAAUUGGUCUGACACGCAAUUCUCAUUAUCUACAGCAACUCCAUCUCUAGGUGGUGCCGCUCCCAAAUUGGCCACACUUAAAGUCAACUGUCGCCAACACCAUGGUGUUCCAGAACGCUUCAUGAAAUCAUCUGCAGAUGGUAUAUAUACGAUCGGUGCAUCAUUUAAUAGGGCAUCAAGAAAAUUAUCGAAUGUACGUGAGCAAACAUCGCUAACCAGCUCUGCUCAUUCUUAUAAUGACGAUGAAGACAUGUCACAAAGCGUUGUUAAUGUAUUAGGAUCAAAAGCUGAAAUGAGUUUUUCCAGCACUAGUUUUACGAUUCCUCGUCGAUCGACUAUCGAUGCCGAUGGUAAACCACACAAGUUGACAAUUGGUGUGCUCGAUCUCGUUUCGACCUUUAGCUAUACAAUUGUGCCUAAACUAUCAUUACAUGCUUAUUUGAAAGCAUCAACUUUGAAUACAUCUGACAAAUAUCUUUUAGCUGGUCCUGCAUCUAUUUUCAUGAACAACAAUUUCGUUACGCAUAGCUCAAUUGAUAAUGUGUGCAUAGGUGAUACGUUUGAUCUACCACUAGGUAUUGAUUCUAGUAUCAAAAUUGAAUAUAAACCAGUAAAGAAAACAAGCGACACUCAAGGCAUUAUUUCCAAAGUUCAUCUCAAAACUGUUCGUCACGAAACUCAUAUUACGAAUACUAAGACCAAUGAAGUGAUUGUUUUUGUUUAUGAUCAAGUUCCAUUAUCAUCUGAUGAAAAGAUCAAAGUCAAUUUGAUUCAGCCAGAUUUACGACGAAAAGACAAUAAUCUACAUAAUACUAUAAUAACAUUAAAAGAUACCAAUAAUUUAGAAUGGAAAUGUGUACUACCAUCUAGAGGUGAAUGUCGACUUCCAUUUGAAUACACAAUCGAAUGGCCAUUUGACAAACAAGUUGAUUUUCAAGAAGAACUAUAA